AUCUAUGGCGGGUUCUUCUACUAGGGAAUCACCUUAAUACUUGGGUAUGCCCUCUUGGUACUAUUUGUGAAUUUCAUACCCGAAGUCAUAUUCACUUACUUUGAUGAUUCCUGUUGUGGCUACGAUACGCUUCAGUAUUUGACGAAGUAAUGAUUAAUAACAUAUUUGUAGGCAAUUUUGAAAAACCAAUGACCUACAAAGGUAAAUCCUCUAUGUUUUAUGUAUUUUAAGGCGGUGGGUACCCAGGGUGCCACAGGGGUUUCCGCGAGAGCGACGAUAACUUUCAGUAAUGGUUGACGACGUUUUGUUGAGAAUUUCAAAAUUCUAUUGUUGUUUUGCAGAUGAGAGUCCUUCACUGGAAGUAAAAUCCUCAGGUUAUCCUUUACGAGAAGACUUACUCGACAGAAUGGACCAGAUAUCCAAGAAUUUGACGUUUCUACAAAAGAAAGUGGCAAACGUUACCAAAAUGCCCGGACCAAGGGGGCCACCAGGAUUCACUGGCUCUGCGGGAAGGCAGGGCCCUCGUGGCUAUAACGGUAGCAACGGCACACCUGGAGCACCCGGAAAACGCGGGGAUCGUGGAAUCCAGGGACCAGUGGGACCCCCGGGGCCCCCAGGAGUUAAUGGCACUAGAGGUGAAAGAGGCGCUAUGGGAUCUCAAGGACUAGUAGGUCCGAAGGGGACUGGAAACUUUAGCUCUUGUACUCACCACAAGGAAGAAAGCGGUGGAGCGAACACGGGAACACAUAAUGACGUGUACGUUGAUGAAGGGACGAAAAACAAGAUUAUAAGUGCGACCUGUUAUUCAAACGAUGCCAUCAGCUAUGAUCUUACAAGCGAGGAACUAUCAUCGGGAAGGUAUAGAUACAAGUGCACGUGCAAUGGAACACGCAAUAACCCGCAAGCGUCAAGGAUGUUUUGUAUCAUAAACUACUGGCAGUGUGAACUUUGAACUCAUCCAUGAAAUGGGUGUAUUUUAAAGGGGAUCCUAAGGUGGUAAAUCAUCCUUGAUUCAAAUGUUCACUGUAAUGACAGCAUUGAUUGUUAGCUGAGUAUGUGAUGUCCAUAAUUAUCAAUAAUAUUUGCCACUCCUUUACAAUGCAGUGAUUAGGUAACACCAUGGGGACCAUUCUCCUCAAGAGAGUUCCUCUGUUCUAAAGAAAAGGCACAGUUAAUGACCGAAUUUCCCACCCCCCACACCGCCCAAAUAUGCAACUCAGCUGCAAGGUUACUUCCCAAAAAGGCUGGUCAGCUCGAAUAAGCACUCCUCCAACACGUCCUCUCCUUCAGGUGUUCUUCGUUUAGACCUUUGUCAUGCGCAAUUGACGAUGUGUCAUUAAGGAAAAUAUAAUGCUUCAGUGUACAGAUAUCAACAAAUGCGUAAAAGUUAUUUAGUUGAUAGCUUCUUGGGAAUCACGUUCUUCUAAUUACGUUCCCAACUUUAUCCUUUAUGUGAGCUCGUUUUGACAAUGUUUUAGCUAAAUCCGUUUCGAAAAUUUGAAUACAAAAAGAAAUGCGCGGCAAGUAUUGUUUCCUUUUGUUUGCAAUUUUGGCAUAAGCCAGUUAGGUCAAUUUUUUUGAAUA